CCACUAGGAUCUUCAUAGAAACUCCAAUUCCUUUUCUUCCUUCCCACUCCACAAUCGCCCUCAUCGUCCACAUCAGAUCUAGGGUUUUCUUCCUCUCAAUUCAAUCAACAAUGGCGUUAGAAUGGGUUGUUCUCGGCUACGCUGCCGCUGCAGAAGCAGUUAUGGUCCUCCUACUAACCGUUCCCGGACUUGGCCCGCUCCGAAAGGGCUUAGUAGCCGUCAUCCGUAACCUCCUCAAACCGUUCCUCUCGAUCGUCCCCUUUUGUCUGUUUCUAUUCAUGGAUAUCUACUGGAAAUACGAGAAUCGACCGAGCUGCGCUUCGGACUCGUGUACCCCGACGGAGCAUUUGCGUCACCAGAAAUCCAUCAUGAAGAGCCAGCGUAACAUGUUGUUGAUCGUCUCGGCUUUGGUUUUCUAUUGGCUGUUGUACUCUGUGACUCACUUGGUUGUUAAGAUCGAUCAGUUGAAUAGCAGGGUCGAGAAGUUGAAGAACAAGGAAUGAUGUGAUGGAUUAUUGAAGCGGUACUUUCCACAAUUACGAAAUCUACUGUUUGGGGAGAAAAAGAGUUAAUGUUUUAAUCUUUUUUGUUUAAUUGAUAGUUCUUAAGCUUCGAUUGUCUAGACUGUUUUGUGGUUUUACAUUUGGUAUAAAUGGAUCAUGCGGAUUAAUCAGGAACUUCUUUGAAUUUGGUUUCUUAAGUCACGUCUUAGGAUA